AUGAUAUUAUUCAACGAUUUACCUGAUGAAAUUCUUGAAAUAAUAGUUGGAUAUAUUCCACAUGAAAACCUAGAAGACUUUCUAACCAAUCCAAUUAUUGGUAAAUUUGCAUUUAAAGAAUUAUAUUCACCUGUUGUGAUUCAUAACGGAACAAUAAAUCUGAUUAAAAAACUACAGUUAUCAACACCUCAUUCUAAAGUACUAUCAACUAGUAGAUUUAUAAAACUAAUUGAGAAGAAUUCAGAUUAUUAUCCAAAGAGAAUAAUAUUUGAGAGACCAAAUGAUGUAUUUGAAGUAGCUGAAAAAUUCCCAAAUUUGAUGAGGAAAAGUUCAGUGGAGAUUUGUUUUAUUCACAAAAGUCGUAAACCUACACCUAAUCGGAUAUUCAUUGAAAAGUACAAGGAAGUGACGAUUGAUAUUGAUAGUAUAAUUACUAAUUGCAGUACCGAAAGUUUGGUGUUUUUCCCAAUUGAAUUGUUCACACAUGUCAAUUCAUUUUCACAACUUGGGAAAUCAAAUAUUCGUCUUAACAAAUUAUCCAGUAAUUGGUUUCCAAAAUUAUCUAGUCUAACUUUGAUACAAGAAAUAGACUAUAAAGAUUUGAUAUUAAUUCCAAGACAAUUGGAAACAUUAGAGUGUACUAUAGGUGCUGUCAAUGAAAAUCAUGUUGAUUUGGCACUUCCAGAGAACUUAAGAAAACUACGAAUAAAUACUAGGACAGCACUACAAGAUAUUCAUUGUAUUUUUGAUAUUUCACAUUUGAAAAAAGUUCAGAAUUUACAUUUAAACGAUGAACAUUAUCGAAACCCACUGAAUCGGAUAUGGAAUCUACCACGAAAUGUGAAAUUCUUAAGAACAAAUCGUUCAGAUAUGGUUGAUAUAGAUCUAGCCAAGAUAUGUCCCCAAUUAGUUGAAUGGCAAUUUGAUAAUGAAACAAUUGAUUAUGAUGGUAUUUUUAUAAGAAAGCUUAUAUUUCCCAGAUCAAUGAAGAGAUUGAAAAUUCCCAAUGCCCUUCUUAGUUGGAAUGACAUGGCUAGUGGAGAUGAAGGAAUAGUAUUGAAUCUACCUGAUUCUCUUACAGAAUUGAAUACCACAGGUCAAAGCUUCUAUCCUAUAAUACUUGAUUUUGAUCAAAACCCACUUCCCCAUCUCCAGGUACUCAUAAUGAAUGGUGGUGUUUCAGUUUCAGUUAAACGGAGUUUGCCAAAGUCAUUGAGAAAAUUAAAUUGGGAGUCCAUGAAUAUAUUUGAUUUGAAUCAGUUACAGUACUUAGAUAACCUUACAGAGCUUUGUAUUAGUUGUUCGGCAAGAUUGAACGACUUUUCAUACAUUCUACCACUGUCUUUGGUAAAGCUAGAAUUACGGGGAUUGAAUUUGAAGAAAAUUGAUAUUAAAGCUUCACAUCUCCUGUCAGUGACAUUAUUUGACAUCAAACUAAAACAAAUAGAUAAUAGAAAUUUGUGUCUUCCUAAUAGUAUUAUCAAAUUGCACCUUAUGUCAUGUGGAAUAGAGAAUAUUGCAAUUGCAUUUCCACCGAGAUUACUGUUUUUAGAUCUCAGUGGGAAUAGAAUCAAGAGUAUAGACGGACAUCCAUGUGAUUUUUCCGAGUUGGAAAACAUAUCACCCCAAACGUUCCCCACAAGUUUGACACAUCUUAACUUGUCUCAUAAUAAAAUUGACACGCAAUGGAUAUAUGAUCUGAAUUUAAGGGAAUGUAAAAAUUUAAAGUCAUUGGAUUUAGAUGAUAAUGAAAUAUCUAUACUUGUCACUACCCACUUACCAUUAUCAUUAAAGAAAUUGUCAUUAAAUCACAACAAAAUAUCUACAUUAGUAAAUGACUUUGAACAAUUUCAAAACCUUGAAGAAUUGGAUUUGCGAGAUAACCACUUACAUGAUUACUUUGAUGAUCUACAAAGGUGUGGUACGUUUCUGUUUGGUGAGAAUAUACAAUGUGUAUAUCUUGAACUGAACAGCCUUACAAUAUUUUCCAGGAAAACACUCUUUGAUCACUUAUCACAACGAAAAUCAUUUGAAGAAUUAGAUAUUGUAAAACCACCAUAG